UGAAAUUUCCUUUCCUGGAUAAUAGAAAAAAAAUGUCUCGCAAUGCUAAUGAUAAUAAUAGUUUUAGUCAAAGUUACAAAUUGGUUGUAGUAGGUGGGGGUGGUGUAGGGAAAAGUGCCUUAACCAUUCAGUUUAUACAGUCAUACUUUGUAACUGACUAUGAUCCAACAAUAGAAGAUUCAUACACCAAACAAUGUGUUAUUGAUGAACAUGUUGCAAGACUAGAUAUUCUAGAUACUGCUGGCCAAGAAGAGUUUAGUGCUAUGAGAGAACAAUAUAUGCGAUCAGGGGAAGGUUUCUUGCUUGUGUAUUCAGUCAUUGACAGGAGCAGUUUUGAAGAAAUCUUCAAGUUUCAUAGGCAGAUUUUGAGAGUUAAAGAUCGUGAUGAAUUUCCUAUGCUACUUGUAGCAAAUAAGUCUGAUCUUGACUCACAAAGAGUGAUGGACACCCUGAUCAUCCCACGUUCAGCCAUAGCCAAACACUGUAAGAUCCCAUGGGAUCGUAACACCUCCACCCUUCAAGAAAUUAAUUCGCCACAUUAA